GUUGGAGUGGAAAGCAUAGAGGAGGGAACAGAACUGUCAAAAAGGAUAAGUCAAGAGUGGAGGGAAGGGAGCUUUUACUAAGGGCGGUGUUAGCUGAGAUAAUUGUGGGCUGAUACGUUCAUCUGAGGACCCGGAGAGAUCUGUAGUUUGUUUGCUGCAUACGGUACUUCAUACUGAGUGAAAGGAGCUACCACAGCCCCUAACAUCAGCCUGCAUUCCUGUGCUGACAGUCUUCGUCUGCAGUUCUCUUUGUGAGAGAAGGUGGGUGGUGGAAGAAGGGGCAAGUGAGAAAUUCCAAUGAAAGGAGACUGAUGUAUCGUUGCAGGUCGCUGUUAUGGGUAGAAUUAGUCACUGGGGGGCAGUGCUUAGUUGUAUAUUUUCCUAAUUGCCACAAGUGAUUGGGAGGUAGAGUUAAUCAUGUCUUUUACUUAUGACUGUAGUGCUGCAAAUAUUCCCCCAGUUAGACAGACCAAAAUACAUAAACCUGGUUUCUAAGAGCUCUUUGAAACAGGCAAUAGAAAUAUGCUGUCACUCAUACAUGAAUCCCAAAUUGCUUUUCUGGAGCUUCUGCGUGGCCAAAUUUGCUUCUGCUGUGAUCCCCAAACUGAAAUGCCGGGGCAUUUGAACUUUGUGGUCAACACUAAAUAUGCAAACAAACAUGCAAGAAUGUUUUCAGACAUUAUUGAGGAGAAACAGACGUAGCCUAUGGGCUGGCUCUCACCCGACAGAGAAAGGCCAUACCUUAGGUGCUCUAACUAAUAAAGUUUGGCAUCCUGAUGAUUUACACUGUUAUGUUCUAUUCACCAUAUGUAAGGUUUCUUUUCUCUUUCCCAGGGUUUCUUUUUUUUUUCCUGGUUUUUGUGUGUUGUUCUUUUUUUAAUCUGGGAACUUCCCUGUCGACUUCCUCAUUCUCUUUGGCAGGGCACAUAGCAGCAUGUGAUGUAAUGGGCUUCACUGUUGCUAGAUAAGGCUUUCAUUGCCUCCCUCUCAACUUUGAAGAAGGGUAGUGGUUUUGUGGGUAAAAAGUUACGUCAGCCAGGAGUUACGUAUAGGGAUUAUUUGCAGCUCAGUCUCUGAAACCUCAUUUUCAUAUGAAGUCUGAAGAAUGAAAAGAGCUUUUUAAAAGCAACAACAACAACAAAAAACCCCAACACCAGUAAUUAAGCAACUGUAGCUAUUUAACUGCAGGAGGAAUCGUGAGUUGCAAUUAAAUUUGUAUUUCAGCGCAUUGUCUAACUACAAAGAAGAUAGUGAGGAGCAUUAGAGGAGUGUUUGUAAUUCUCCUGCCUGGGUGUAGCAUGGCAGACAGAGAAACUGUAAGUACUAAUGCUGUGGGAUCAGAACUAGCAGCAGGUUACUGAAACAAGGUUAAAUCAGUACUCACUAGUUCUAACUUUAGAAGCUGCACUGGGGGAACGGGCUACGUGGUUACCUGCCCUCUGCCUACCUCUUUGCCUUCAUAGAUGGCUGCCUCGCUGUUACUGCUCCUUCAAGUGGAAUCAGUAUUAUAUGGAAGUAGAAGGUAGGAAAGGAAUAAAAAUGAGUGAAAAGGAGAGGAUGCAGGCAUGCAAACCAAGGAGGCAGAAUGGUUGAGGAAUGGGAAAGAGUGAAGACAAUGUGCAGAACAGGGCAGAAGAUGCGUGGUAUUGGUAUUUGUUUCAUCUCAAGAAAGACAAGGCUGACCUUUGUGGAAGAGCAAACAAAACCUCUGCAUUAUUACUUUGCCAGCAAUGAGGACUAAUUUGGGCCAUUUGGGGCUAUAGUAUUCUGCACAGUGUUCCCUCACACACCCCCACACCUUUUACAAAUUCUUCUUGAAAUAGCGGUCUCUGUGUGACAGACGCUCUCUUCCAUCCCUGGCAUUUCAGAACCUCGUGGAGAGAACUGGCAGUUCCUCUGUCAUUAAAAAUAAAUAAAUCCCAACUCCACCAGCACCCACACUACUCGGGUACUUUGAAAAACAGUUUGACCUGGCAGAGCAAACAAGGCUGCCCAUGUUUCUUCACUGCAGGAACUCGCAUGCUGAAUUUUUAGACAUAAUGAGAAGAAACAGAGAGAGAUUUGUUGGAGGAGUGGUUCAUUCUUUUGAUGGCACAAAGGAAGAAGCAGCAGCUAUAAUAGAUUUGGAACUUUACAUUGGAAUAAAUGGCUGUUCAUUGAAAACAGAAGCCAACUUGGAAGCACUGAAAUCAAUUCCUAGUGAACGAUUAAUGAUAGAGACUGAUGCACCCUGGUGUGGAGUGAAAAGCACUCAUGCUGGAUCGAAAUACGUAAAAACUACAUUUCCUACCAAAAAGAAAUGGGAAAUGGGGCAUUGCCUGAAGGACAGAAAUGAGCCCUGCCAUAUAAUUCAAAUACUGGAAAUUAUGGCAGCAGUAAGAGAAGAUGACCCGCUCGAGUUGGCCAAUACUCUAUAUAACAACACUAUUAAAGUCUUCUUUCCAAAUAUAUAAAGUUUUCUUACAUUUAUUCAACAUAACUUUAGUAAAUAUAUUGCAAAAAUUGAAGACUGAUCAUAUCUGCAAGUUCUUAUCAACAGAAGCCAAUAUGUAGUGCUUUUUGUACAAGAUUAAAGCUGAUUUUGAAAAA